AUGAAAAAAUCUCGAUCUACUUUGGAAAAAUUAAGUUUUGUACUCUGUACAAACAUUUACCAAAAGUGGAUUCGAUGUUUAGAGAAUGUUCGAAAAGAAGCAAAUUUAGCAUAUAACAUCACAGAAAUCAUCAAUGUUCAACAAUUGCAAGAGGAGUUGGUGUCAUUUCGUGUUCCACUUAAGAGAGUAGUUGGACUAAUUAAAUACAAUUCUUCACAACCACAAAAUAAUCGUCCUAAUUCUAAAUAA